UGGCGGACACGCUCCUCGCCGAGGACUUCAAAGACAAACUUGGCGACGAGCCCUACCACCUCUUCGUCGACGUCGGCCACCCCUACUUCGUCCGGCUCAAGAACCUGCAGGAGACCAUGGCGCCAAGCGGGGCGAGAGAGGCGGCGCACGGCCUGGUGCGCUCGUCCCUCUCCAAGGCGUUCGACCGCCUCUACACCAAGCUUCACUAGCGGCGGAGCCUCGGCGGCCUGCUGCGCGCCGCCGCCGUGCUGCUGACCUUCGCAGUCAUCGGACUCUUCCAGGAGAGCCACCGGAACACGUACAACCACGACGACGUCGUCGUCACCUACGUCCUGCUGUGCUGCACCGCCUCCCUGGAGUUCAUCUCGGCCUGCUUCGUUCUCGGUUUCGGCCUGCCGUCGCUCGACGACCAGAUCUCCCAGUACAACCUCAUCGGGUACCUAGCCCGCAACAAGAACUACCGGAGCUUCUGGAGCCUGGCGUCCCGGCUGGGGUGCAAGGACCAGCUCGACCGGCUCUGGUGCACGGAGGCCCCCGAGCCUUCCGCCAGCAUCACCAAGCUCGUCUACGACCAUGUCGCCCGCGGGUGGAAGGAGUACAUGAACGAGGCCAUGCCCGAGAUCGAGUGGGAGUGGGAGUGGCGGGACAUCACCACCGGCGACGGCGAGUGGGAUUACGAUAUUGUGGCGGUGAUUACGGUGGGAGCCUACCACCGGUUCAACGACAGCCGCGGCCAGCGGACGCUCGAGAGGGAGAAGUGCCAAGAGAUGUCUGAGAUGGAGGCGGUCAAAUCGAGCCUGCGCCAGCCGUUGGACGAGAGCGUCCUCCUCUGGCACCUCGCCACGGAGUUCUGCUACUUCGAGCACGUGGGCACCGGCAGCGACGCCACCCGCCACAGCAGGGUGAUGUCCAACUACAUGUUGUACCUGCUGUUCGUCAACCCGGAGAUGCUGGUGCCCGGCGCCAGGGGCAGCCACUUCACGGCGGCGUACAAUGAGCUCGAGCCGUCAGGGUACGUGGUUGAGCUGGAGCCAGCGGAGACGAUGAUUGAAUCGCCACCGAAAAUCAAGGACGAGAUGGCGCGGUAGAUCAUCCAGAAGGUGAAGAGCACCAUCGGCUCUGAUGAUCUUGUUCACAGAGCCUGGGAGCUCGCCCAUGAGCUCAUGGAACUGGCCAGGAAGGUGGCAGCGCAGCAGAAGGAAACCAAGGAGGAGGAGGAGGAGGAUAAAGAGGAGCCGACGCUCACAGAGGAGCCGAAAAGAGAAAAGGAGGAGGAGCCGAAUCUCACAGAGGAGCAGAAAAGAGAAAAGGAGGAGGUGGAGAGGAAGACGGAGAAGGUGAAGGAGAAGCAGCUCAUGAUCAGAGCCAAGAAGGCCGGGGAUGACAAGAUGUGGGCAGUGAUCCAGGGCGUUUGGGUGGAGAUGCUCUGCUUCUCCGCGGGCAGAUGCCGAGGGUACCUGCACGCCAAGAGCCUAGGCAAGGGAGGUGAGUACCUUUCCUACGUCUGGCUCCUGUCCUACAUGGGGAUGGAGACCAUGCCGGAGAAAAUGCAGAGGCCAGGGCUGCCCGUGGAAGGGGACGUGGGAGGUCUAGUAAAGCCUAUAUCGGAGGAGAUAGCAGUCAAACCAGCAAAGGAAACAAAGAAAGGAGGAGUACCAGCGAAGAAGGGACAGGGAGGGGACACGAAAGACAUGAAGCCAGCACCGACGGGGACGACGGAGCAGGGAGGGGACACGACAAAACUAGCACAAGCAGCUGCCCCGCUGGUUGCCACAACGGCAUCGACGUCGGCUACGGACAUGAAAAAAGCAGAACAAGGAGACCUUCAAGAGCUCACUGGGAUGGAAAAUGAGCCGGAGGGGGACAGGAAACAAGCACAGGCAACCGCGGCCACAAAGGCAGCGACAUUGGCGGCAGCGGUGGCGCCCAUCAUCGGUGAUGAUAAUGUUUGACGGACAAUGAAGAUUGCAUUGUGUUUCCUGUUGCUGAUUGCCAUUUAAUUAAUCACUACUCCACAGCUUUUGUUUUCUUAUUUUUUUUAUUCACAUGUGUGGUAAGUGGCAGUCGUGUUGCUAAUAUUGUUGCCGCUAAGAUUAAUCUUGCUUUGUAAAUCAAAUAAUAAAGCUAUUCAAGAUCUGUUG